AGUCAAACUUGCUAAAACGCUCAUGAAUUCCUUAAAGUGAACUUCUUUGUAACGCCAUAGCUUUAGUUUCUCUCUCUCUGCUCAUUCACACAACAAUACAAAAAUACCAUUUGUUUUUUCUUGUAAAAAGAGGUAGAAUUCAUCGCCGGUCGGUUGUUGGAUACUUGGUUUGUCUUCAACCAGCCGGCCGUGGUUGUUUAACUACUUAUUUUCAUCACUAUUUUACUGGGUUUUUUGUUGUUGUUAAUUUUGAUUAUUUUUAUCAGGGGAUCAUCAUAUACGUUCGACAGAAACAAUCAUCAUUUCUUUAGUUUGUUUCAGUCUCAUGAUCAGUAACUAUACCGUUCAUCAUUUUCCAGGGAGAGAGUUGUUAAUCGGACUUCGUUUAUGGAGAAUACAAAGUCAUAUCAACAGAGACGAGUGAGUUUAAUGCCUUUCUCACCAACACAAAUGCUAUGGUCGGCUGAAAAUGGUAGCGGAUGUAACAAGGAUGAUAAAGAUAAAGGUGUGAACGUGCAAGUUAUUCUGCGUUGCAGGCCAUUCAGCGAGGAUGAUGUGAGGGCAAAGACACCUGCGGUGGUUGCUUGUAAUGAAGAUAAACAAGAAGUAAUUGUUACCCAAAACAUGGGUAAUAAGCAGAUAGAUAAAACCUUUAGUUUCGAUAAGGUGUUUGGUCCAUCCUCCAGGCAAAAGGAUUUGUACGAUCAAGUGGUUGGUCCUAUUGUUAGAGAAGCUCUUGAGGGCUAUAAUUGGACCAUUUUCGCUUAUGGCCAAACAGGAACAGGGAAGACUUACACAAUGGAAGGUGAAGGAGGAAAAGCUAAGAAUGGAGAGUUUCAUGAGGAUGUUGGAGUUAUUCCAAGAGCUGUUGAGCAACUUUUCGACACUCUUGAAGCUCAAAAUGCAGAAUACAGCAUGAAAGUGACAUACAUAGAGCUCUAUAAUGAGGAAAUAACGGAUCUUUUGGCUCUGGAUGAUAAGUCCAAGAAGCCCAUAACUCUAAUGGAAGAUGGGAAAGGGGCGGUUUUCAUGAGAGGCUUAGAAGAGGAACUUGUGCGCAGUGCGGAUGAAAUAUACCACAUCUUGCAAAAGGGGUCUGCCAGAAAGCACACAGCAGAGACUCUUAUUAACACACAAAGCAACCGCUCUCACUCGUUGUUUACCAUCAUAAUUCAAAUUAAGGAACAUGCUUCAGAUGGGGUAGAGGUUAUCAAAUGUGGGAAGCUAAACCUCGUGGAUCUUGCUGGUUCAGAAAAUAUAUCGCGAUCGGGUGCAAGGGAGGGAAGAGCAAGGGAAGCUGGUGAGAUCAACAAGAGUCUGCUUACACUUGGUCGUGUUAUAAAUGCGCUAGUUGACCACUCGGGCCAUGUUCCAUAUAGGGACAGCAAAUUAACGAGGCUAUUAAGAGAUUCGUUAGGGGGGGAAACAAAAACAUGCAUAAUAGCUACUGUGUCGCCUUCUAUCCACUCCUUGGAAGAAACACAAAACACACUAGAUUAUGCAUACCGGGCUAAAAGCAUCAAGAAUAGACCAGAGGUUAACCAUAAGGCGACAAAAUCAGUUGUUGUCAAAGAACUCUACACUGAAAUUGACAGUCUUAAGCAAGAAUUACAUGCUACAAGGGAGAAAAACGGGAUAUAUAUACCACAUGAUCGUUACCUGAGUGAAGAAGCUGCCAAGAAGGCAAUGACUGAGGAAUUAGAGUUAAAAAGUAAGGAACUAAUGGAUCUUCAAGAACUCUUCUUUCAUCAGCAAAAGUUGACUACAGAACUAAGUCAAAAACUUGAAAACACCGAGAGACUACUCCAGCAAAGAAAGCAAGAUGUCUCCAAUCUGAAAAAUCAAUUGAGACAAGCAAACGAAACGACAAAGGAGAAAGAAUAUUUUAUACUUAAUCUUCUCGGAUCCGAAAAAACACUCACUGAAAGAGCAGUUCAGCUUCAUAGUGAACUUGAGAAUGCAACAUCAGAGGUAUCCAGCUUGUUCGCGAAAAUUGAUCACAAGAACCACAUAGAAGAGGGAAAUAAAGUGCUAAUCAAGAGCUUUCAGAUGCUAUUAGCCCAACAUCUUGAAGUUCUUCACAACACUAUUGUUGCUUCUGUAACACACCAAGAGCAACACCUAAAUGCAAUCGAAGAACGUAUGAGAUCCUUUGUAUCCGAACAAGAUGUGGCUACCGAAGGACUUCAAAUACGGGUAAAAAAGAUUAAGGAGGUAUUUUCCGGUGGUAUCAAAUCUCUGGUUGGACUAGCUACUGAGUUCAGUGGAAAUUCUGAAACAGCACUCAGUAAUAUAAAUUCUGAAGCUGUCAAGCAUUCUUCUGCGCUUGCUAAACUUAUAAGAGAAGCUUCAGUCAAGGUCGGUGACAUACUUGAUGAUUUGCAAAGUAACCUUAAUGAUCAGGAGCAAAGCAUAGCUGCAUUUUGGCAACAGCAGCAUGAGAGCCAGUUGAGAGCAUAUGAGACGACCCAAUCUGCAUCUAGUGUUACUGUGAAUUUCUUCAAGACUCUGAGCAAGGACAUUUUUGGUGUGAUACAAAUGGUGGAAGAAGCACGAACAAUGUACUACAAGAAAUUAAGUGAAUUCACGAAGAAGUUUGAGGACUAUGCGGACAGCGAAGACAGACAAAUACUAGCCAAAAUGACCGAGCUUUUAGCCAGUUCAAAUGCCAAGAAGAAACAGCUGGUUCAAACAGAAGUAAACGACAUUCAAAGCUAUAUUGGCAGCAAAACUUACAUGCUUCAUCACAAAGUGUCAGACAUGCAUGGUUUCCUGUCCUCCACAGAAGAUGAAUACACAAGUUUCUUGGAAAAAACAAAGAAGCAUUACAUUGAGGAUAAAAUCGUGACUCAAAAUGGGCAAGAUGGUUUGACAGCAAUACUUCAAAACUGGACAACCAAGGCAAGAACAGGGAAUGAAGGGUGGAAGCAAGUCCAAGAAUCUCUGAGCAGUCUGCAGAAAAUGCAUAUAGAAUCCGUAGAUUCCACAAUCAAUGAUGCCCUUGAAACCAACCAAGCAAUCAACACUCAAUUGUCAUCCUUGGCCUCUUCAACAGUGGAAGAAAUAGAUAUUGCACAAAGUAGUUCUCUCCCAUCCGUUGAAUAUCUAUUGAGGAUUAACCACGAAGAGAAUGAGGCGAUCAAUUCCCUCACUAAACGUUCUCGUGAUACUAUGAAAGAUAUGGAGACUGUUCACUCUGCCAAAAUAAUCGAGAUCACAAAAGAUGCUGAGAAGUGCUUGAUCAAUGACUACAUGCAGGUGGACGAUUCUCUAUUCUCGACACCAAAACUCUGUAAAUUACCGAGCAAAACCCACACCAAAGAACUCAAGACUCCGCCAUUCGAGGUGUUGUUGGAUUCAUUUCGAAAAUCUCGAUCAGAGAAGCAAGAAAAUGCGGAUUUGAAUGCAGUUUCUUUCGGAACCAUUAACGGAGGUUGAAGAUCUAUAGGUACAAUCAUUCCUUCUAUCUCAUGAACACAGCAUUGGGUGGAAUUAGAUAUUGCUAUGAACAAACUUGAUGUAAAGUAGAAAGCAGAUUAUUUGUGGUAAAUUUAUUAUAUAAUUUGUUUAAAGAUUUGUUGAGAGUUCUGA